UCAGCCCGACGCGGGAUGUGGACCUUGCGGGCCGCCGUCCGCCGGGGGGCCUGGCUCUCCCGCUUGGUUCGCGGCCGCCCGGCUCCAAGGGCCGCGCCGCCGCCGCCGCCGCCGCCGCCCUGGCCCGAGCGCGCGCUCGCCGCCUUCGGAACCGGGAAUGCGGGGGGCCUGCAGGGGCGCGGAGGCGGAAGCCGGGGUCCGCGGGCGCAUGGCGGCACUAGCGGAGCCGGGGAGGAGGAGGAGGAGGGGCCAGAAGAUGCGGAGGAGGAGGAAGAGGAGGAGGAACUGCUGCGGAGGGAGCCCUUGCUGCCCUCGGGGACCCAGCGCGUGUGCCUGGUUCACCCCGAGAUCAAGGGGGGACCGAGGAGGCCAACGCUGACUCGAGCCGAGUGGCAGGUGGCGGAGGCGCAGGCGCUGGUGCACACGCUGGACCACUGGUCGGUGGUGGAGACGAUGGUGGUGCCGACCAAGACGCCCGAGCGGAAGCUCAUCUUCGGCAAAGGCACCUUGGAGCAGCUGACGGAGAAAAUCCGAGGCCUGUCGGACGUCACGGCCGUCUUUCUGAACGUGGAGAGGCUGUCCGUGCCCACUAAGGUCCAACAUGAGGCACGACCUUGCCCGCCUGGACGGACAUGGAGGCAACUCUCGCUACAUCAUGGGGUCAGGGGAGUCUUUCCUGCAGGUGCAGCAGCGGCUGAUGAAGGAGAAGGAGACGAAGAUCCGACGGGCCCUGGAGCGGCUGCGGCAGAAGAGGCAGCUGCUGGGCCAGCAGCGCCGGCGGCGGGAGUUCCCGGUGGUCUCCGUGGUCGGAUACACCAACUGCGGGAAGACCACGCUGAUCAAGGCUCUGACGGGCGACAGCGCCAUGGAGCCCCGCGACCAGCUGUUCGCCACGCUGGACAUCACGGCCCACGCGGGCUCCCUGCCGUCCCGCAUGACCGUCCUCUACAUGGACACCAUCGGCUUCCUGUCCGAGCUGCCCCACAGCCUCAUCGAGUCCUUCUCCGCCACCCUGCAGGACGUGGCCCAGUCGGACGUGAUCCUGCACGUGCGGGACGUGAGCCACCCCGAGGCGGAGCUGCAGAAGCGCAGCGUGCUCGCCGCCCUGCGCGGCCUGGGGCUGCCCGCUGCGCUGCUGGACUCGGUGCUGGAGGCGCACAACAAGGUGGACCUGGUGCCCGGGUACCGCCCGGCGGGGCCGCGCGCCCUGGCCGUGUCCGCCCUCCGCGGGCUGGGCCUGGAGGAGCUGAAGGCCGAGCUGGAGGCGGCCGUGCUGAGCGCCACGGGGAGGCGGGUGCUGACCCUCCGCGUGCGGCUGGCGGGCCCGCAGCUCAGCUGGCUGCACGCGGAGGCCACGGUGCAGGACGUGCAGGUGGUCCCCGAGGCGGGUGUGGCCGACGUCACCGUCAUCAUCAGCAACGCCGCCUACGGCCGGUUCCGGAAGCUCUUUCCUGGGUGACCGCGCCCGGUCGGUGCUCUGGCCGGAGAGGAGGCGGGACCCGCGUGGUGGUCCCGCAGAGGUCGGCGGGUGGACAUGCGCUCCGACCCGCCAGGCGGUGCAUCGUGGGCGUGACGACGGGACCGGCCUCCCUCCUGACGGAUCGCCGCCGGCCGCUCCCCUCGCUCCUCGGGUCCGUCAACCAGCCUUUGUCCGGAGGAAACCAGACCUCGGGCCUCGUGUCCACGCCGGGAAGUCAGUUCUCGCCGCAAAACGGCAGCGUCGGCUGCUCCAGGUGCCGGGGGCCCCCAGACCGAGGCCUGCACCCCAGACCGGCUGCAGAACCAGCACCAGCCGCAGAACCGGCUGCAGAACCAGCACCAGCCGCAGAACCGGCUGCAGAACCAGCACCAGCCGCAGAACCGGCUGCAGAACCAGCACCAGCCGCAGAACCGGCCCAGGUCCUUCAGGUCCUGGACGCUCCCGUGCUCCUCCGAGCGGCGAGCGAGCUGAGUGCGAGGCUAAGGAGAUGCGCCCCCCCCUCCCGCCUCUCCCCCUUCCCCCGUCUCCCGGCUGUUCCUUAAGCCAUGGUCGGCAAACUGCGGCUCCUGAGCCACAUGAGCUUGCCGACCACUGGGAUAGGGGCUUAAUCACAAGGAACAACAUCAGCCUUAAUUAUUGGAAUCGCGAGUCUAGGUCAGUGGUCGGCAAACUCAUUAGUCAACAGAGCGGCAAGCCAGGGCUCGGGAGUCGCAGUUUGCCGACCACUGCCUUAAGUGAUCCCCGCGCUGGGGGGAGGAAAGGGGCCUCGGACCCAUCACUGCCGGUCCCCGCGAACAGGAUGCGAGGAGGGAGGAGGGAGUGAGAGCG